AUGACGUUGUUCACACCUGUCAAGGCAACGGUGCCUACGACUACUGCCCGAGAAAGACCAAGCCGAGGGCUACCGUCCAAUCUCAUGAACUUCUGCACUCCAUCGAAGCCAAAUCAUUUUGAAGACUCAGAUGAUGAUGAUUACCCGAACACAGCCAUUAAGCACAGGUCUAACAAGCAAGGCAUGGCGACUCCGGCUACCGUCAAUGAAAGUCCACUUUCUUCAGCAGAGAGUGUGAGUAGUAGUCCAAAUUUGAUGUCGAUUUCAUCGCAAGACGACAGUUUGGUGUCAGCAGCUGGAAUUCCGAAGCGUCUUGGCUUCGACAAACCAACACAAAUAUCUUUCGACGAAAAAUCAGACUCUUCCUCUUCUCGUGCCAACUAUCUUGUUUUGGCUUUUGCACUCAUACUCUUGCGUCUGAUAUGGCUAGAGAGUAGUUCAGUCAAGGCCAACAUUCGCCUUUCUCCAGGAAUCACAAGAUUUGAAAGCUUUGAAGAUUAUCAACAAGCUUCAGUGAGGCAAUUUGAGAUGCCUGAAACUGAAGGUAUGGAUCAACUGCCAAAUAUCAACGACUUGAAGUUUUACAAGCUAGAACAAGACGAAUCUGGUACGUUCCUUCGCUCCAUUGAAGGAAAAGAGCUAUUGGGUCCACCCCGCCCAUUCUCCCGUAGAUGGAUGAAGCAAAAAGGAACACAGAUCAAGGAGACUAGGGCAUUUCUAAAGGAAAAAAGUGUAGUUCUAAAGGAAAAGAGCGAAAGUGGUAUCUCUGAAGUAUUGCAGGAAGAUCACAUUUUGAUAUGA